AUAUUUUGCUUAGCCACCAAGCCUUUAAGGGUCCGGUUUCGUGCGAACGCCAUCUUGGAAGAGCCUAAGCGAAUCUAGCUUUAACAUCGUUUUUCUACUGUUUCGACCAAGUAACGGCUAAAAUGGUUUUUACUUAUCUGAGAAAACACCCCGAGUUGGUUCCACUCUUUGUUGUGGUUGGUGCUGGUUGUGUUGGAGCUGGUUAUUACUUAAUGCGACUGGCUCUUAAAAACCCAGAUGCAACCUGGGACAGGAAGAACAAUCCAUAUCCAUGGCAAAAGAUAAAGCAUGACCAAUGCUUGAAGUUUUACACCCAUACUGACUACAGCAAGCUGGAAAAUAAGAGACCAAACAUUGAUUGAAGGAUGAGUGGUGUCAAUUGACUGACAAAACCAGUGCCACUGCUGAUGAUUUGCAGCUUGCCUAUCUUACUCGUAAAUGCGGAUACUUGAUAAACAUUACUAUAUUGUUUGUGUUGUUGCAUGGUUAUUCUUUCAAUAAAAUGGCUUCUUUCUUUAA